UAUCUCAGACUGCGUGCGCAAGGGCUGUCUCUUCCCCGCCGGUUUCCUCUGCUACCACGGGGCGGGCCGGAACUUUUCUGCAUAGGAACGGAUUUACACAGUAGAGUGUUGCUGGCCGGCGUUAAGGAGAAUAGGGUGCCAUCCUCUUCCUCUCACUGUCCCCGCCGCGGAGCGGAGCCGACCAGAUCAGAUCGAGGAGCGCGGUUACCGGGCGGGCUGGGUCUAUGGUCGCUCCGCGGGCCGCUCCGCCGGCUGGUGCUUUUUUAUCAGGGCAAGCUGUGUUCCAUGGCAGGGAACUUUUGGCAGAGCUCCCAUUAUUUACAAUGGAUUUUGGAUAAACAAGAUCUGUUGAAGGAACGCCAAAAGGACUUAAAGUUUCUCUCAGAAGAAGAGUAUUGGAAAUUACAGAUAUUUUUUACAAAUGUUAUCCAAGCAUUAGGUGAACAUCUUAAAUUAAGACAACAAGUUAUUGCCACUGCUACAGUCUAUUUCAAGAGAUUCUAUGCCAGGUAUUCUCUGAAAAGUAUAGAUCCUGUAUUAAUGGCUCCUACAUGUGUGUUUUUGGCAUCCAAAGUAGAGGAAUUUGGAGUAGUCUCAAAUACAAGAUUGAUUGCUGCUGCUACUUCUGUAUUAAAAACUAGAUUUUCAUAUGCCUUUCCAAAGGAAUUUCCUUAUAGGAUGAACCAUGUAUUAGAAUGUGAAUUCUAUCUUUUAGAAUUAAUGGAUUGUUGCUUGAUAGUGUAUCAUCCUUAUAGACCUUUGCUCCAGUAUGUGCAGGACAUGGGCCAAGAAGACAUGUUGCUUCCCCUUGCAUGGAGGAUAGUGAAUGAUACCUACAGAACGGAUCUUUGCCUACUGUAUCCUCCUUUCAUGAUAGCUUUAGCUUGCCUGCAUGUAGCUUGUGUUGUACAGCAGAAAGAUGCCAGACAGUGGUUUGCUGAGCUUUCUGUGGAUAUGGAGAAGAUUUUGGAAAUAAUCAGGGUUAUUCUAAAACUAUAUGAGCAGUGGAAGAAUUUUGAUGAGAGAAAAGAGAUGGCAACUAUUCUUAGUAAGAUGCCGAAACCAAAACCUCCUCCAAACAGAAAUUCCCUGAGUGAUUCUUCACUAGUGGCAGGGCCUGAAGCUGCAAGAUGAUGAUGGACAAGAUAAGGCAAUAAUCCUAUUGCCACAGUUACUGUGAAGGAGAGCAGGGUCCAAAUGGAAGUCAGAACUCUAGCUACAGCCAAUCUUAAAACAUUCCGAAGAAUUCCGUAGUGGACCAGUUGGAAAUAAACCAUUGGACAGAUUUCAGUAAUGUCUUCAGUGGAACACAAAUGAAAAUGAAUAGCUUGUUUCUGUCAAGCAUACUGGGAAGUGAUUUUAUUUUUGCAAAAUAAGUUUUUCUUUACCUAAUUUGAUUCUAGUACAUAAUUAAAAUCUAUUGCUUAUGAAAGUUUGGAAAGGUUCUAAGGGACCUACAGACAGACAUACAUAGACAUUUGACAAUAAAUAGCUUUUGACUAGUAUAAUUUUUCUUAAUUUGGAUAAUAGAAAUUGUAGCUUUUUAUUAAGCCAGGAAACAACGCAUAAUUUGUUUAAAAUUCUCUUUGGUCAUUGAACGACCAAAAAAGGAAAUAAAAAGUCAAAUAUAUGAGGGUUUUUCCCCCUCCUUAAGUUAAACUUUAAAACUGUAUUUAAGGAAUCAAAUCUUACAAAAUCCUGGAAGGUUUUGGUAAUGGUGUUGAUAAUUUCAGGGAAAUUAAUCAAGUACGUAUUGAUUUUAAAGUGUAUUUUAUUCAGUAGUUUUGGUAUCUUGCCAUGGAAGAUACUAGCCCAGCCUAGCAGAAAAGUGCAAUAUGUAUAGCAUACUUUGACAUUUUAAAAGUUAUAUUAAUUCCAUAACCAUUUUGAAAUGCUGGGCAAAUGUUAAAAAAAAUCCUAUAUGAAAUUAUCUGCAUUUAAUUCAGUUAAUCAGGCAUUUUGAAGGCUAAUUGGAUAAAACACCAUAAUAUGUUUGAAAUUUGGUAACAUUUUAAUAUUAUUUUUACUCUACUGUGAAAAGUUUUUUAUAUGACAUACACACCCUAGUUUAUUUUUGUGUCUCAGUGUGGACUUACAAAUUUACUACAGGUAUCCUGAGCCAGGAACACAAUCAGGUUUCAGGCCAGUUUGAUACUGGCUAUUCUUAAUUCUCAUAUGAGUAGGACUUCAGACUAAAUGUUACGUCAGUGGGACUGUGCUGUCUGUGGAACUUAAUAAAUUACAAGAUCAUUUUCUUCAGACUUGAAGGAGAGUAAUAAAUAAAAUUUGGAGUCAUAGGAUAUUGAUGUACAAUUUACGGAUUAAAAUUUUUUAUAAAUCAAUUGUGAACAAUGGAUAAUUAAAUUAAAUGUUGACUUCCUAGUAUAAAACUGCAAGAAUAAAAGUAAAUUCUCCAGCUCUGCUGACUAGUGUCUUGAAUUUAUCUUUUUCAAUCUGCGUUAUGUUAUUUUCUGAAAGUCCUUCUUCCUUUGCAUAAGUAUUAAAGCCUUCUAUAGUUUAGCAAGUGGAUAAUUUCAAAUGGUUUAUAAACAGAUUUACAGAGUUCUACUUCCUUGUGGAGAGUAUCAGAUAAAUUGGAAAGAGAGAUUAUAAAGUCAGUACCAAUGACAAACAUAAAUCUCCUACGCUUAUGACAUAAACAAAAGCUCUCCUCAGGUCUGAAGGAAUUAAGGUUGGGCUUGGGGUGGAAGGGCAGAGUGAAUAUAUAUCAUCAUCAUUGAUUUAACCCUAAUUUUUCCUUUAAGCUUACAUAUAUAUUUUUUAAAAUUUUAUUUUGAAAAUACGUAUGCCUUGUAGUGGUUUUCAGCUUUUUAUUGUGUAAAAUUUAAAACAACAUAUACGAGAGUAGACAGAAUAGUGUAAUGAGCCUCCAUGUUCCUAUCAAAUCCAAAAUACCAUUUUGUCCAUAAUUAUUUCAGUAUGUGAUCCUAAAAGAUAAUGGCUCUUAAAAAAGAUAAAGGUCUUAUUGUAUCUAAAAGAGAAUUAGUCAAAAUAAUUUUGUAAUAUCAAAUACCCAGUGUUCACAUUUUCAGUUACUUCAUUAAUAUCAUAAAAAGUUGUUAAAUCUCAUUUCAGUUAUCUCAUUAAUAUCAUAAAAAAUUGUUAAAUAAUUCUACUCAGGAUCUAAAGACCACACAUUGCAAUUCAUUAAUAAAUCCUUUACAUAU